UAACGUGCUAGUGGAAGUGGAAGCGAAUUGAAAUCGCGCGCUGCUCUAUUCGCUUGUUUAUGCCAAAGUCCAUGGCUACAUUGGAUCGGAUCUGUAAUUAGUCGUCUGGAGGAACUGGACGGAUUGGCUCAGUGACACCAUUAGCCAUUGACUUUUCUAUUUCAUUAUACUCAUGUCACCGGUUUUCUGUCAAAGUCACACUGUUCUGCGCAUCUCUAUCGCCACUAUUUGUUACUGACGUUAGCGCCAAAUUCGAAAUGUCAAGAACAGAAAUCCGAACGUAACAGCGGCCAUAUCGCUUAUCUAGCGACGGCGGCAGAUAGUGGCAACCUGCUCCUCCGUCUCGCUCUGCUCCGCCCAUCGCAGCAGAUUUGCAUCGUUGUUUGGAGCCAUGCGGCUAUUUCACCUCUUUCACCUGUCUGUUUGCCUCGUUUCACACACACACACAGCAUGCCCAGGAAUUGGCUUCACCUCGCAUUGUGGAUAAACUGAGACGGUAAAGUCGUUGUCGCCGCCACCGCCUCCGCCACGCCCACCAAGCGGACAGCACCCAGAUCUCCGGUUGCGAACUAGUAGUGACGCCAACGUGGUCGAUCGCCGUCGUCGUCAUCAACAACGUUGUGUUCGUCGAACUGUGAGAUUAUUUAAUGUUGGCCACCGGUUUUCUGGCUCGCAGAACCGUACUUAACCAGCCGGCGUUCAAUUCAUGGAGCACACUCCUCCGGACCGCUAGAAAACGACCCACAUCCACGGUUGCCGCCAGAGUUCCAUUAAAGCUUCAGUCACAGCAGCAAUUUACAAGAGCAUACUCGUCCUCCAAAACCAUGGACACGCCGGCGGAUGUAUUCCGCGGCAUUACGGAUCGAUUUGCCGGAGUAACAGUCGAUGGGCGCGAGGAGAACGUGGACAAAUCCAGUUUCCGGGACAAGCUCACAAAAUCCCUGGACUUUUGGACGACGAACAAGAACCGGGCCAUUUGGUUCCGCGUGUACAAGGAGCAGGCUGAUUGGGUGCCCAUUCUGGCGGAGAACGGCUUUGAUUUCCAUCAUGCCAAGACCGGUGUGGUGGUCAUGUACCGCUGGUUGCCGGAGCACGAGUCUAGCAACCUACCCACCUACGCCCACACGCUAAUGGGCGUCGGCGGACUGGUUAUCAACGAACAGGACGAGGUGCUGGUGGUGUCCGAUCGUUUUGCAAUGAUACCAAACAGCUGGAAGCUGCCCGGCGGCUAUGUGGAGCCGCGGGAGAAUCUCAUCGAUGCGGCAAUACGAGAGGUGGCCGAGGAGACGGGAAUCCGCACCGAAUUCCGCUCAGUGGUCAGUCUGCGGCAUGCCCAUGGCGGCACCUUCGGCUGCUCCGACAUGUACGUGGUCAUCGCCCUAAAGCCACUGAAUUUGGACUUUACGCGCUGCGAACGCGAGAUAGCGCGCAUCCAGUGGAUGCCCAUCGCGGAGUAUCUGAAGCAUCCGCAGGUCCACGAGACGAACAGGCAGUUCGUCUGCACCUUUUUGGACUACCAGAAGCGCGGCCUGACCCUCACCUGUCGCGACGAAGUGCAUCAGGUGCUAAAGAAGAAAUACAAUCUGUAUUACGUGGAUCGGGAGCAGCCACAGGAGCAGCAGGAUAAAAAGAAUUCGUGAGACUUGUCGGUGCAAUGGCCAAAUCCUUAGUGCAAUUUUUAUAAAGUCCUUUCUUCCAAAAGCCAGCAGCAUCACAACUGCGCAUUCAAAUGUUCACAAUGUAGUCAAUAAAUGAAUUUUUUUGUAUAUAAUUAUAUGCAUAUAUCAAUUAAAGCUCACACAGCCUUUU